AUGUCUGUCUCCAAGUACAGCUCAGACGUAGGUGUGGGGAUGGAUUCCGACAGGAAAAGCGAAGAUAACGGCAAGAGCCUCGCAUUGACCCAGACGCACGGGAGUGUGCACGUGGGCAAUGUUGUCAACUCCGAUCCGGACCAGCUCAAGCGACACCUGGGGAACCGACAGAUUCAGUUGAUUGCCAUUGGUGGCUCCAUCGGAACGGCAACCUUUGUCAGCAUCUCGACCGGUCUCGCUGCCGGAGGCCCUGGCAGCCUCUUCCUCGCCUAUACUUUCUAUGCCUGUGUGAUGGGUCUCGUAAACAACUGCAUGGCUGAGAUGGCCAGUUUCCAGCCAGUCACCGGAGCCUUCAUCCGGAUGGCCGGCAAGUGGGUUGACGAGUCCUUUGGGUUUCUGGCCGGCUGGAACUUCUACAUCUACGAAGCCAUUCUGAUCCCUUUCGAACUCUCGGCCUUGACCUUGGUCCUGUCCUUCUGGCGUGAUGACAUACCGGUGGCUGCUGUGAUUUCCGUCGGAAUCGUGCUAUAUUUCUUGAUAAAUGUCUUCGCGGUUGAGUGGUAUGGGGAGUGCGAAUUCUGGCUGGCAACCGGCAAAAUCUCCUUGCUUGCUAUCCUCUUCUGCUUCACCUUUGUCACCAUGGUCGGCGGCAAUCCGAAGCACGAUGCAUAUGGCUUCAGAUACUGGCAAAACCCUGGCGCAUUUGCCGAGCACAUCACGACUGGUGACCUGGGCCGUUUUCAAGGCUUCUUGGGUUCCUUGUGGAGCGCCGUUUUCACAAUUGUGGGACCCGAAUAUGUCGCCAUGGUGGCUGGUGAAACCAAGCUGCCCCGACGACACCUCAAGGCCGCCUUCAAGACGGCGUAUAUCCGCUUCGGACUAUUCUUCAUUGGCAGUGCCUUGUGUGUGGGAAUUGUGGUCGCGUACAACGACAAGACUCUGGUCUCCAUUCUCUCCGGUGAAGGCUCAGGUACUGGAACUGCUGCCGCGUCGCCGUACGUUAUCGCGAUGAACAACCUUGGCAUUGGCGUUCUGCCUCACAUCACCAACGCGCUGCUGGUGACCAGCAUUUUCUCGGCUGGAAACGCUUACACCUACUGCGGCGCCCGGAGUCUUUACGGGCUCGCCCUUGACGGACAAGCACCCAAGUUUCUCCGCAAGUGCACCAAGUCUGGUGCACCUGUCUACGCACUGGGCGUCACCAUGAUCUUCCCCUGCCUUGCAUUCCUCAACCUGUCUAGCAGUACCUCCCAGGUGCUGAGCUGGUUCGUCAACCUCGUCACAGGCGCACAGGUCAUCAACUACAUCACAAUCUGUACGACGUACCUGUUCUUCUACAGGGCCUGCCGCGUGCAAGGGCUCGAUCGGUCACGUCUUCCCUACUAUGGGAGAUUCCAGCCUUACUGCGGAUGGAUUGGACUGGUCAUCAUGACUACCAUUGUGUGCGUGUAUGGCUACAGCGUGUUUCUCCCCGGCCGCUGGGACAUCAAAAACUUCUUCACCUACUACUUGAUGGUUCUCGUCGCACCUGCCCUCUACUUUGGGUGGAAGUUGACGCACCGCACCAAGAUCAUCAAGCCCGAAGAGGCAGAUCUCGUCUGGGUUGCGCCAGCCAUCGACGCGUAUGAGGCCAGCUACGAGGAAGAUGCUCCUGGCUUUUGGGUUGAGAUUGCACAGAUUUUCGGUUUCUACAAGAAGCCUAAGAACAAAGAGCAAGCCUAG